AUUAAAGACUAAAAUAUGUGUCGACUGAAAAACAAACUCUCGAACUCUGGAUCAAACAAUUAGAAGUUUGAAACUAAUCCUCUGACCGAAGAACAAAAAUUAGUUAAGUUUGGGAAGGAACGGCACAGCGAGGAAUCAGAUCUCCGCCUUGCCGCCAUCGUCAACGCCACUUUCCACACCCGACUCUCUCUCUCUCUCUUCCUUUGCCAAAGCCUUUCUCGGGGUUCGUUAAAGCGCUGUUUCUUCUGCAACAAACACGGCCUCGCAUGGUGGGAUCGUCCUUCAAUCUCCUUAUUAUGCAAUCACAGAACGUGUUUAGCUGGUAGAAGAGGAGAAUUCGUCACAAAAUUGAAGAAGUCGGAGAAAUAGAGUUGUAAAAGUGCUUUGAAGUUAUGGGAUCUUUUAAGGGUCAUGUUCUUCCGGGGACGCUGUUUCUUUUCGUUGGUGUUUGGCACGUGUGGAGUGCUCUGCUUCGGUACGUGUCAAAUCCCAACUUAUUUCGCGUUCAUGUGUGGAAUCCAGUGCCUGGCUUUGAUGGAAAACUCAAAUACUUGGAACUUUAUGUUGUUGUCAUUGGGGGUUUCAUUGAUUUGUGCAUUGAGCUUUUGUAUGCAACUCACCUCAAGUUCUUUGUCAAUGGGGUUUUGAACCCUUCACAUCUGAACAAUUUUGAACACUCGGGGAUGCUUCUCAUGUUCUUCAUUUUUGGAGUCAUCUCUCUGCUUUCUGAAAAGUCGAGAUUUGUUCGCCUACCAGACGAAGCGCUUUGUCUGAUUGCUGCUGCGGCAUUCUGCGCCGAGUAUCUGUUGUUUUACUUUCAUUCAACUUCUCAUAAAGGCCUUGAAGGUUACUACCAUAUUCUCCUUGUCAUCUUGAUAGGGCUCUGCAUAUUGUCAACGGUUGCUGGAGCUAUUUUACCUACCAGCUUCCCGGUUGACGUGUGCAGCGGCAUCGCCAUCACCCUUCAAGGCCUUUGGUUUUAUCAGACAGCCUUCACUCUGUAUGGUCCAAUGAUGCCUGAUGGUUGCGAGCUGAAGGACGACAUGAUGGUCAUGUGUCAUUCGAAAGAUAGCGAGGUUCGAGGUGAAUUCCUUGCAAAUUUCCAGCUCUUUUCUAUGGUCCUUGGAGUUCUUGGCGGAGUCGUUGGAGUUUACUACUUUGCAGCGGCGAAGUACAGAUGUUCCGAGCUCAGGAGUUCGAAUGCCAUCAAUGCUCAAGACUAGAUUAUUCCGGGUAUGUCAGCAUCAAAAUUUUCAUUUUUUCUUUUUGGUAGUGUUCUCUAGGCAAUAUCUUGUUUUGUUUAUUACAUAGAACUCCUCGUAGCUUCCGUUAGAAAUUCAUGCCAUACCACAAGUUUCUUAUAAAAUACAACUUGAAGAACGAUUACCCACA